GGCCCCGCCAUCCACACACGACAUCGAUCAUCUUUUGGCUAGCAGGAAAAUGGCCAUACCAAGGCUGGCAGAAGGAACCGAGUCUGUUUUUACCUCGCCUGGGAGGUUCCAUCGCCGGCAUGUUAGUCGAGCAUGCGAAUCCUGCAGGCAGAGGAAAACAAAAUGCACGGGGGAUAAGUCAGGCUGCCGAAAUUGUAAGGAGGCAGGAAUCAUAUGUUGUUAUACUGAUGGCAAGCGAGAGAAAUCUAAAAGAUGGCUAGCUUAGAAGGAAAGAUACAGGCCUAUGAAAAUGUCCUUAGAAAGCUGAGCAGUCGAUUCGGUAUCUCUGACGAGCAGUUGAUGAGUUUUGCGCUGGCAGAAUCGGCUGCUGCAUCUACGGCACAGCCUGAUGCAUAUGCCGCUACAUCUGAAGACAGGAAGUUCUUUUGGGUUUUGGGCUCAGAGCCAUAUCUUUCAACUACUUCGCUUGGUACCCACAUUGCCGACCAUACCGAAGAAGAUUUUAACAAGGACGACUUCACACGGGCUACGGGUUUCAUUGGUGAAAGCUCAGAGAUAUCAUGGCUGCAGAUGCUGAGCAAAUAUAUGGACUCUGGGUGCGAGAUAUGUCAUCCAACUUCUGAUAUAUCUUCACCGGCUUUGACAUCCUCCUGUGAUGGGCCGAUAGCUUCGUCAAGUUAUCACCUUGACGACUUCGAUAUGCCUACUGUUGAGCGACUUGACACAUCUGAGCUCCCAUCUAAGGACACUGCUACAAAGCUUUUCAAUGCGUACUUGAGUUCUGUACAUCCGUCAUUUCCCAUAAUCGGAAUUUCGACAUUUGCAUCACAAUUUCAAGCUUUCUUCAAUAACCCGUCUUUGAAGCCAGGAAACAAGUGGCUUGCCAUUCUGAACCUUAUCUUUGCUAUUGGUGCAAGAUAUGCCCAUUUGACCAAUGCAGAAUGGAGAAGGGACAGGGAUGAUCAUUAUCUAUACUUUAUAAGAGCGAGAAACAUGAGUCUCGAGGGCCAACUGCUACACCAUUCUGACCUACAACAGUUACAGGUUGAAGGGUUGGCGUCGUUCUAUAUGCUAUCAUCUGGCCAUAUAAAUCGGUCGUGGAAGCUCUGUGGCAGUGCUGUGCGAAGUGCACUGAGUCUUGGGUUGCAUUUACGCAAUACAGGGAAAUGCACUUCCGAUACAUCUAAGGAAAUAAGAUACCGUGUAUGGUGGGCUUUAUACACACUCGAGCAUCGUCUCAGUGUGAUGACAGGCCGACCGUCCUGCAUCAUAGAUGGCGCUUGUACGACCCCUCUGCCUGUUCCUUUCGAUGAGAGUGACUUCCGCAAAGAACAGGUAAUGCGCCUCAUAAACCGUUCCACACUGGAGGGUCUUAGCCAACUCGGGCCCGCCUCGAAUUCUUCACCCAACACAGACCUUAGCGACACAGGUAAAGGGACGGAGAGCGCAGAUGUAAACGCCACUGCCCCGUGCAAGUCACUGUACUUCCUUCAGUUUAUAAAAUUGACUUCAAUUGCAAAAAGGAUGACAAGCAAGCUCUAUAGCCCUGACGGAGUGGGAAAGCCUUGGUCCAGUAUGGAGUUUGCGAUACGAGGACUCAUGCUUGAUCUUGAUUCAUGGUCUAUGAAUCUGCCCGCUGCUUACGACUUUACCUCAACACACACCUCACAAGGCUCAGCAACCCACAGAAUGAGUCUGGCUCUCACAUUUUACAGUACGAAGAUUGGGAUCACAAAGCCAUGUCUUCGCCGUAUAGAGCCAAGUGCACUUGGUGAUAAAUCGGAAGACUUUUGCAGAAAGGCUGCAGUUGAAUGUGUAGAAUCAGCUUGCCAUGUGUUGAGAUUGUUUCCCGAGCCUUUGGAAGCGGCAUUGCUUCACAAAUUAUCUCCUUGGUGGUGUGUUUUGCAUUUCCUUAUGCAAGCAACGGCCGUCUUGCUGAUUGAGCUUUCUUUUCAUGUUCAACACGUCCCUGAAAAAGCGGCUAUGGUGUCAAAGGCGGCUAGAAAGUCCUACGAUUGGCUCUCAGUUAUGUCGGAGACUAGUAUGGCCUCAGAAAAAGCUCGGAGGAUCUGCGAUGAGUUCCUGCGCCGGCUUGGCUUCAACGGCGGCGCUGAGAUCCACAGCUUCCCUUGUAUAGCGGGCUUUACAGAACAGAACUCGCCUGGUGACGAACCUGACGAUUCACACCCCAGACUCACAAGCGUAGCCACCCCUGAUGGCCUUCCAGGCGGAGUAGGCUCUAUGCCAUUAUCACCGGUAGACCAUUCCAGCGUCGCUUUUGCCCGGCCAUCGUCAGUUGGCCUGAAAGUCCCGGAGACACAAGAAAUUGAGCAAGAUGAGAAAACUCUCGCUGUACACAAUUUUUAUGACGCCUAUUUACCCUACGACCCUAACACGGGGCAAAUAACCGGUUCUUUUUUCCCUCCCGAAGAUGAUAUUGACAUCGGACUGGGGCCGUAUCAUUGGGAUGAAACGAUGGGCUGACCACUAAGAAUCCCCACUGAUUUCAAAUGGCCCAGGAUAGCACAAGGGGCCUGUCGAAGAAAGGUCUUGCUUAGCGAACACGAAUCUUCAAAGAGCUUCUGCAACACACGCUGUCUUUCGCUAGUCUCAGAUACUUGAUUACAAGCUGCUGUCGAUUUAGCUAUUUAAUGUUUAAUGACCCUCUUCCGACACUCUACAAAUGGAUGACGACGAUGUUUUGUCCGUCGCCCGUUCACCUGCACAAGUGACAGGUACAAUGAGAAGGAUUCUAAACGAAUGGCUCACCGAAAGCAAUGAAGGAGAAAGAAUAUCGUUAUGAGCCUAAAACACCUGCGAGAGAGAUCAACAAAGCAUAAUUCACCACCUCGUCACAUAGUUAGCAUUGAGAUGAGGUCAAGUCGAUAAGGACUCACUCC